AUCACACCAUUAUGCCGAAAGCGAGCAAGAUGAAAACUCGAGCAUGUGACGGCUGUCGACGUAAGAAAGUGAAGUGCGAUGGUAUCUAUCCUGAUAAGUGUUCAAUAUGUAAGCAUAUAGAGUGUACAUAUGAAAGCACAGAACCGAAAAAGUAUUACAAUAUAAAUUACGUCAAUAAACUCGAACAAGAGUUGGCUCAAUUGAGGAAUAUUACAAACAAUAACACUCCAAGCACAUCCAGUAAUGUUCAAUACUAUUCACCAAUCGAGACAAUACCCAGCAAUGAUUGGGAAGACUUACAAGAUGAUCAAGUCGCGAAGGACAUAGACGGAUUGUAUAUUCCCGGUGAUAUGAGUGGAAAGCGAUAUUACGGGAAGGCCUCAAUGAGGGGCUUAUUUGAGCGUGUCUUCUUGUACACAAAUCUUGAUCCCCCAGACAUUGUUAAAAGGGAAGAGACCAGAGUUUUGGGUAGAAGAUUGGAUAGAAGAGCUAAACAGAAGUCAUUCCAGGUCAAUCGAACACUACCUUUGCUUGAUGAAACACAUUUUAAGAAUAGCAUUCCUUUUCGACGCUUAGAGGAAGGAUUUUCAAGGCUUCUAUCCCUCGUAUGUGCACUAGGUGCAAUGUUUUCGGAUGACACACGAGUUCUGGUCCCUGGAAAGGAACAUCUGCGAUUCUUGGCUGGAUUUAGCUUUUAUGAGAAAGAUAUUCAGACGCUUAUUCUACUACAAGUGUAUAUACAAAAAGGUGCACAAUCGAAAAACACGUGGAUGGUACACGGUCUCACACUUCUACUUGUCCAGAAUCGAGGUUUGCACUUAUCAUGGCUUAGUGAACAUGAGAAUCCAAUUGAAAAAGAGUUAGGCAAGCGUGCAACUUGGAUGUUGUACAUACUAGAUAGGGCACACACAGCUUGUUUUGGGAGACCUACUCUAAUGAAAGACGAUGAUAUGUAUCUUCAAUAUCCAUCAGCUAUAAGUCCUAAUGAAUGCCCUGACAACGAUAUUAAUUUAGUAUACAUCAAAGAAUAUCUGAAACUCUGUAAAAUCCACGGCGAAGUCAUUCAGCAGCUUUAUAAAUUUAGAAAGUCUAACAGAGGAGAAGAUUUGAUCGUAACCGUGAAUGAUAUUGCUUCGCUUAAUGCAAAAUUACAUCAAUGGUUGAAAGAAGUGCAUCCAACUUUUUCUAUUCGUAAUACAGAAAAUGACUCCGAUGAUACGAUUUUUCAAUUAAAGAGCAACCUACGCGUCCUCUUUAACAACAUACAAAUAUUCAUGUAUAAGCCAUUUCUUCCGCGGCCAGAUCACAGCAGUAGCAAAUUCCAACUGAAAAGUUUAAUGAUAUGCGCAAAUGCAGCGAGAUCAGUUAUCACGACUUUCGCUAAUGUUUAUCUCGACAGGAAGAUUGCUUAUCAAUGGAAUGAUUGCAUGACAGACUGGAGCGUAUUUUCUGCGACGAUAAUUUUAGUACUUAGUUGCUGCGAAAGCAGAAUAAAUGGUGAACUCUAUGAGUCUGAUCUCGACUAUCUCAAGAAAGGUGCUUUGAUAUUGAGAAAUCAAGAGCAUAGGAAUCAGUUGUAUGCUAGAGCGUUCGAUUUACUCAUACAAGUUCUAAAAGCAUCUGAAUUGCUCUCUGAUGAUACAUUUGUAGAAACACAGGAGUCUAUUUCGACCGGUAGAACACUCGGCAUAAACGUAAAAGACCAACUCGAGCAGAAUGACGAGAUCGUUGAAGAUAUGUUAAAGUCCAUACGAGGUAAUUCAAAUGAUACUCUCAUUGGUUUGAAUGAUUUUAACCUCCCACCAUUAAACGGCAUAAUUAUUGAUUCAAUAUUAAACGGUAGUGCAUUCAAUUAGAUAGAAAAUAUUUAUAUAUCUAUUACAGGGAAAUAGAUAAGCUUAUACAUAUUUG